AUGAGUUCAGUAAGCAAAGCUUGGAUUGUGGUUGCGAGUGUCGGAGCAGUGGAGGUAUUGAAGUACCAAGGCAUCUAUAGAUGGAAUUAUGUGUUGAGAUCGCUACAUCAGCACAACAAGGGUAAUAUGAGAUCCUUCUUACAAGCUAAAAAUGCUUCUUCUUCUUCUUCUCCGGCGGCGAUUUCUUCAGUGGUGAAAACAAUUCAGAAGGUUGGUGAUGAGAAAUUGAAACAAUCGGAGGAGUCUCUCAGGAAAGUUAUGUACCUCAGCUGUUGGGGUCCCAACUGA